AUGAAACGUGCUAUGGAAGAAGCUGGCAAAGGUUCAGUGAAUGCAGCAGCCAAGAAGUAUGGAAUAAAUCUAUCAACGUUACAGCGGCAUAUCCAAAAAGGUAGCGCGGAAAAGAAACUUGGGAGAUAUACAACUGUAUUUACAAAAAGCCAAGAAGAUGAACUCCUCGAAUAUGUAUUCCAUAUGGACAGUUUGUAUUUUGGUCUUACUAAGUCAGAAUUUUUAAAGCUUGUGUUCCAGUAUGCUGAGAUUAAUAACAUCCCACACACAUUCAAAAACGAAACUGCCGGUGAAGGUUGGUAUGCGGGGUUUAGGAGUCGACACCCUGACUUAAGUCUACGCUGUCCAGAACCAACUUCAAUAGCACGUGCUAGAGGUUUCAACAAACCACAGGUACUGAGAUUCUUUGACUUACUCGAGGAACAGAUUGUAAAACAUAACAUCGACGCCACGCGCAUUUACAACAUGGACGAAACUGGUAUCCAAACCAGCAGCAACAGACCUCCAAGAGUCCUUAGCAAGACGGGGAAAAAACAAGUCGGAGUGAUUUCUAGUGUAGAGCGUGGUAAACUCACGACUGUGGUUUGCUGCUGUAAUGCAGCAGGCUCGUUUGUUCCCCCAUUUUUAAUUUUUGGCCGAAAGAGAAUGGUGCCUCGGCUUUUAGACGGAGCACCUCCUGGAUGUGUUGCAAGCUGCACGGACAAUGGAUGGAUUAAUGGGCCGAUAUUUUUGGAAUGGGUACGGCAUUUUGUGAGCAUGACUCGACCAACACCUGAAAACAAAAUAGUUUUGGUGAUGGACAAUCAUGAGUCGCAUAAGUAUCUUGAAGCUCUAGACUUUGCCUCAAAAAAUAACAUAAUUUUUGUAUCUUUACCACCACACACAACACACCGCCUGCAGCCACUUGAUACUUGUGUGUACGGACCGUUUAAAAAUUAUUUUGAGCAGGCCAUUUCACUGUUCCAAAGAACACAUGUCGGGCGCAUCAUAUCACAAUAUGACGUAGCAAAAUUGUUUGGAGAGGCCUACAUAAAAGCAGCUAGUGCACAUAAUGCCAUAAAAGGAUUUGCUUCUACUGGUAUAUGGCCAACCAAUCGCCACAUAUUUGACGACAGUGAUUAUAUGGCAUCUAGUAUGACCGACAGACCAGCACCGUUAACUGAUAAUGACCCUGAGUUAGUUACUAAUCAGCCGGACAUAUCUGUUGUAGAUAACGAACAUAUUGAAAUGUCUCUCCCCUGUAAUGCAAACAUUCGAUCAUCUUUGGAUUCCAACCGCACCGUGUCACCGUCUGUUCUGGAUUUAUACAUGGACAGUCAGUUAUCUAACCUUGAUCUUGCACUUAUGGAAGAAUAUGAAACUGUACCGCAACCUCUUGACAAAGCUGUAAGUCCAUCUCAUACUCCAACACCAGUAGGCCAGUUUAUUGAAGAACCUUUAACACCAAGCAAAAAUAUAACGGCAGGAGGACAAAUGUUUAACGAUUUAUUAACACCAUGCAACACUCCAUCACGAAGUACAGACCUUCAAACUCAGGAUCUUCAUAAAACACCUAUAGAAAUAAGACCACUCCCUCAAUUGGUCCCACAGAAAACUAAUAGAGGAAGAAGGAAGCCACAGAGAGCUGAAGUAUUGACGAGCACGCCAGUAAAACAAGAACAGCGUGAAAAAGAAAUGAAAAGAAAGGGUGCAAGUGCAACUACUCGAACGAACAGCAAAGAGAAGAAAAUUAAACAACCCAAAGCUUCUACUAGCACGAAAACACAGGCAAGACCCAAACGUGGUCCAAAAUAUAAAAAUGCGGAUGUUGAAUAUAGAUGUUUAAUUUGCUCUGAGUUAUAUACACAUCCACCCAUAGAAGAUUGGAUCAGGUGUGAUGACUGUUAUAUGUGGGCUCACGAAGCAUGCACGACAUACUCGGGUAGAGGCUCAUACUACUGUGAUUCUUGUCAAGAAUAA